UCCUCUGGGCUUCCGUAGUUUAAACAGAGGACUACACAUGUGAAGUAUCCUCGAAAAUGUAUAUGCUAACGCUUACCUGUUUCCUGACAAGUCUGUGAAAAAGUGCACAGCAAACCUUUUUUGUUACGUUUGCUAUGACAGAACCAUAGUUUCUAUUAGGAACGAUGCUUAAUGGUCUUUUCUUUUAGUAAAUGCUGGUGAGGGGUGCGUUUCGGGCAUACUUGACUGGUGUACGUUUAUCUUUAAGUCUCUGUAAGGAGGGACCAGCCUUUUUGGAGAGUCUCACUACAGGACCCAGUUGUGUCUAUAAAACAUUCAGGACAAUGAGCAAUGAUAAAGAAAACUCCUGUUCUGGCACAGAUACACCAACUGAUGUACCAAUGAAGGACUCAAUUCCCUCUAUCUCCACAGAAACCAGUCAGAAUUCAUUGACAGAACCUGGGCUUUUGCCAGGAGAGACUGUUGUAAGGGAGGGCAAGGCAGCGAUUAUAUUCCCAAGUGCCAAUGAGGUCUUCUACAACCCUGUGCAGGAGUUUAACAGAGAUCUAACGUGUGCGGUGAUCACAGAGUUUGCCAGGGAGCAGCUGGCGCAGCGGGGCGUUAGGAUCCUGGUGCCGGGUGAGAAAGACAGAGUCGUGGUCCAGCUGUCAAAGGAGAAGAAUGGAGUUAAGGAUCAGGAAGAAGAACCUGAGAAUGAGCAAGAAAAGAAAGAAGAGAGCAACGAUAAAGAGUUCAUUACUGCCUCUGUGGGGGAGAAAUGUGAGCAAGGCUUGAGUGUUCUGGAAGGUCUGGCUGCGUCAGGGCUGCGUUCGGUUCGGUUUGCUCUGGAGGUCCCAGGAGUGAAGAGCAUCACUGCUAAUGAUUUCUCUGCUAAAGCUGCUGCUCUGAUCGCCCGCAAUGCAAAGCACAACAAUGUCUCCCACAUCGUGCACGCCAGCCAAAGAGAUGCCAGUAUGGUGAUGUAUGAGGCGAGAGGAAGAAAGGACCGCUAUGAUGUCAUAGAUCUUGACCCCUAUGGCAGCCCCUCUGCGUUUAUAGAUGCAGCUGUGCAGGCCGUCAGUGAGGGUGGGUUGCUUUGUAUUACAUGUACUGACAUGGCUGUAAUGGCUGGAAAUAGUGGUGAAACCUGCUACAGUAAAUACAGUUCUGUGUCCAUCAAGUCUAAAUACUGCCAUGAGAUGGCCCUGCGUAUAAUCCUUCACAGUUUAGAUCAGAGAGCAGCUGUGUAUCAGCGCUACAUUGAACCUUUAUUAAGUGUGAGUGUGGAUUUCUACAUCCGAGUAUUCGUCAGAGUCAAAACCGGUCAGGCUGUGGUCAAGAACUCUGCAAGUAAGCAAGCACUCAUAUAUAACUGUGUUGGGUGCGGAGCGUUUCAUCUGCAGAGAAUGGGGAAAAAAAUAUGCCAAGGAAAACAUAUGAAGUAUUCUGCAGCCACUGGACCUCCUGUAGGACCCAGCUGUGAACAUUGUGGACAGAAAUUCCAGCUGGGUGGUCCCAUGUGGGCGGAGCCUCUUCAUGACAGUGCAUUUGUUCAGAAGGUUCUGGGUGCUGUCUCGGGAAACCCCACCCGUUUCGGAACAUCAAAACGUAUUGAAGGGAUACUGAGCAUGGUGACUGAGGAGCUACAGGAUGUUCCUCUGUACCACGUUUUAGAUCAACUGAGCAGCACGGUUCACUGCAACACGCCACCCAUGCUGCAGUUCAGGUCAGCACUCCUGCAUGCUGGGUACAGAGUGUCUUUCUCUCAUGCGUGCAAGAAUGCAGUGAAGACAGAUGCACCUCCUGGGGUUUUGUGGGAUAUCAUUCGCUGCUGGGAAAAGUCCAACCCAGUAAAGCGAGAGAGGCUAUCAGAGACGAGCCCUGCCCAUCACAUUCUCUCCAAAGAGCCAACUCUCCAGGCCUGUUUUGAGAUCAGAGAGGAUGCAAACCCACAGUCCAGAAAACGUCACCUCACACGUUUUCAAGAGAACCCACAGGCCAACUGGGGACCCAAAGCUCGUGCCAAAGCUGAUGGAGGAAUCUCAUCUGAGCUGGAGGACAAAAGAAAACACUUUCAGGGUAAACGGAAACAACCGAUUACAGACUCUUCACAACUCAAGAAUUAUCCCUGCAAGAAGUUUCGAAAGGGAACAUGUACACAUGGAGAGAAAUGCUGUUAUUCACAUGAACUUGAACAAGGAGCCAGUGAAGAGAAGAUGGACUAAUGGCUGUAUAUUAGAAAAUUGUACAAGCAUGACAUGGCAUAAGACAAACCUUUUGUUAUUUCAUUGAAAUUAAAUUUUGUUUUGUGCUUAUAUUGAAUGUCUGCACUUCUGGUUUGUACAGAUUUGCACCUACAUUUAUUUUACUGAAAAGUUUCUUGCAUCCUGGGAGUAAUUGCCUGGACAUAUUUUAUUCAUUUUGUUUUAUCUUGUAUGUAUUUUUGUUCAUCAAAUAAACAACAGAUACACACAUCA